AUGCCACAGCAAGCAGCUGUAGCCGAUGAGAUUUAUGUGCGGUUGGGAGGAGGAGUCAACAACUGUACUGGCCAGGUUGAAGUUUACUACUUUGGUGGCUGGACUGGUGUUUGCAGUGAAGAAUUUGACCUCAUCGAUGCUGAGGUGGUUUGCAGGCAGCUAAACUGUGGCUGGGCACUUGGUACCACAACGGAGGACCCUGGGGACGUUUAUCCUUACUUGAGCAAUGUGCGCUGUGAAGGCUAUGAACACUACUUAUGGCAAUGCUAUUUUCAAGAAGGAGGAUGCUAUAGCAACACAGUGGCUGGCGUGGUUUGUUCAGAUUCUGGACUACCAGCACCAUCAGCCUCAACCACUACAACAGAGUCAACAACUUCUACUACAGCAAAUUAUACUUGUGGUGGUGACUUCUUCUCCCCAUCGGGGUCUUUCAGUUCUCCCUCCUACCCAGGAAAUUAUCCAAACAAUGAAAAUUGUGUAUGGACAUUAAGAACUUGGAAUGACUACCGAUUCAACCUCACAUUUACAAUUAUUGAUACCGAAUGUUGGUAUGAUUAUGUUGAAAUUUAUGAUGGAUAUCUCAAUUCACACCUCCGUGGAACAUUUUGUACUGGUUCCAACCUUGUAUUUACUUCCACAUCAAACGUUAUCACCGUGCGGUUUCAUAGUGACUCUUCUGUGACCAGAAGAGGUUUUAAUGCCUUCUACUCUUCAUUUUAUUUGCCGUUUGGCUUCAACACAACAACAACAACAACAACAGAGCCAACAAGAACUCCUGUUACAGUAAAUUACACUUGUGGUGGUACAAUUCAUCCUCCAUCGGGAUCAUUCAGUUCUCCCUUCUACCCGGGAAAUUAUCCAAACAAUGCAUAUUGUGAUUGGACAGUAGUAGCUUGGAUGCAUUACCGAAUCAACCUCACAUUUCCAAGUAUUGAAACAGAAUGCGGAUACGAUUAUGUUGAAAUUUAUGAUGGGUCUCUCCCACAACAUCUUGUUGGAAGAUUUUGUAAUGCUACCCACCUGACAUAUACUUCUUUGGGAAACGUUCUCACCGUGCGGUUUCACAGUGACUCUUCUGUGACCAGAAGAGGUUUUAAGGCCUUCUACUUCUCAUUUUAUUUCCCGUUUGAGCCAACAACUUCUCCUACUACAGCACUCCGUUUGGUGAAUGGUCGUCAUAGCUGUGAGGGCCGUGUUGAACUGAGAGUGAACUAUACAUGGGGGACUGUCUGUGAUGAUUCAUGGGACCUGAACGAUGCAGAUGUUGUGUGUAGGCAGCUUGGAUGCGGAGAAGCCCUGUCAGCUCCAGGAUCAGCACUUUUUGGUCAAGGUUCUGGUCCUAUUCUCAUGGAUGAUGUUAUUUGCAAUGGGAAUGAAUCUUAUCUUUGGGAAUGUCAACACAAUGGCAUUGGAAAUCAUAACUGCGGCCACAAUGAAGAUGCUGGGGUCAUCUGUUCAGGUCAUCACUACACAACAACAGUAAGACCGACUCCUACAUGGUGGCCACGUACAACAUCAGCAACAAAUUAUUCUUGUGGCGGUUACCUUGGACAUCCAUCUGGGACACUCCAAAGCCCACUUUAUCCUUUAAACUACCCAAACAAUGCUGAUUGUGUGUGGGAAAUACAAGUGGGAGGCAACACCCGUGUAACACUUACAAUCCAAAAUUUAAUACUAGAAACGUGUGACAGAUACAGGUGCCCAUGUGAUUUUGUAGAAAUCUAUGAUGGACCACUCCACACGUCUCCACUGCUUGGAAGGGUAUGUUAUGGCUCCUACCAAACCUUUACUUCAACCUCCAACAUGAUGACGGUGAGGUUCCACAGUGACAGUGCCAUCACGGCAAGAGGAUUUUUUGCAAACUAUUACACCAUCCCCGCAGAUCAGAAUACAAAUCUUUUCUGUUUACCAGAGUACAUGCAGGCUAUUGUCAGUAGAAGAUACUUGGAAACCCAGGGUUAUUCUCCAUGGGAUGUCCACCUGAUUGACCCAUACUGCAGACCAAAGAUCACACCGUUUUACGUCAUCUUCAACAUACCGUACAAUAGAUGUCAGACCAGAAGAGAUGCUGAUGCUGACACUAUUAUUUACUCCAAUCUCAUUGCGGCAAGUGCUCCAGGUGCUGUAAUUAAAAGAAGAAAAGAUCUUCACUUGCAUGUCAAUUGCAAAAUGCUUCAACAUACUUGGAUAGAAACAAUGUAUGUUGCUGAUGACGCAGAGGAGUACAACAAAACUCAGUAUGGCCAAUACGAUGUCAACCUUACAUUCUUUGGUUCAUCUUCCUUCUGGCGUCCAGUGUAUGACACACCUUACUAUGUGUCAUUGGGUCAGGUUUUAUUUUUGCAGGCUUACCUUCACAGCUCUGACUCUGAACUUCAGCUAUUUCUGGACACUUGUAAAGCAUCACCCAAUUACAACGAUUUUACAUCACUGACCUACACUAUAAUUGAGAAUGGAUGCAUCAGAGACCCUACCUACCAGACAUAUUAUUCACCAAGUAGAAAUAUGCUUCGUUUUUCCUUCCAAGCCUUUGACUUCAUUCGCAGCUAUCCAUCCGUUUACCUGCAGUGUAAAGUGGUGAUAUGCAGAGCGUAUGACUAUAACUCCCGAUGCCAGAGGGGUUGUGUGAAUCUGCCCAGAUCUAAAAGAGAUACAAGCUCCUAUCAGGAAAAAGUCAAUGUCAUUCUUGGGCCAAUUGAACUGGAAGAAAAGGGCUUACAGAACAGGAAUUCUGAGACAGAACAAAAGCUGCAAGAAAAUAUGGAAACGCAUGACUCUCAUGUACCAUACGUAGUUGCGGCUGUCAUCCUGGCCGUUGUUGUUGCGACUCUUGCAGGAUUUAUUUUGAAAAACAAAUGGAAAAGACCAAUUCCAUAUGAGAUAAUGUGAAAGCUUAAAACCUCAGGGGGGGAAUCCAAUAAAUAGAUUUGAACAUGAUUAAACUCAUUUAUUUCUUUGGAUUUGGAUACAACUAACUGUUGUCUAGAUUAAGAAGUUUGUGUUUGACAAGCAGAUUUUCUGUACUGAAUGCUAUUGCUCAAUAAUUGUGAGCCACAUUCCUAUGACUUACUUAGGUUUUGCAUUUAUACAAAAGUAACAGGAAAAUAUGUGGCACAUAUAUGGAGCUGUACAAGACAGCCAUUCAUCUGUAUCAACAAGGAUUAAAUGUUGAUGUGAAAUUC